AUGAAGCUCUCGGUGGUUAUUCGAGGGGAAGUACUCCCGACUUUAACUUUUGAGGACAAAGAGCCAAUCAGACAGGUUGGAGAAAAAGCUCUUAAAACGUACAAGCAGAAGUCGUCGAGCCUCGUUGAAAAAGAUGAGAAGGUCUAUGAAAUUCGUAAAACUAGGAGUGGGGCCAUCCUGGAUCCAUUCGACUAUAUCAAACAGGUUUUGAACGAUGACGAUUUUGUAUCCGUUGUCUUGGCGAGUGACCAAUUGAGCCCAGCAACAGGACCAGCAGAAGGGCCAUACGCAGGAGUCGAAGCACCUGAAUUUGUUAUCCCUGCAAGAGAUCAGUACAUGUUUCUUGAUGGGAAUAACUUGACCACAGAUGACCUUAUCCGUCUCGGAAAAGGCAAAUUCCGGAUCAAGUUGUGUACGGCAUCACAACUGGAAUAG